AUGUGCACAGCACCACGGUGGGUGAGCUGGCAGUCACCUGCUGGCAGUCACCAGCUGGCAGUCACCAGCUGGCAGUCACCAGCUAGCAGUCACCUGCUGGCAGUCACCUGCUGGCAGUCACCUGCUGGCAGUCACCUGCUGGCAGUCACCUGCUGGCAGUCACCAGCUGGCAGUCACCUGCUGGCAGUCACCAGCUGGCAGUCACCAGCUAGCAGUCACCUGCUGGCAGUCACCUGCUGGCAGUCACCAGCUGGCAGUCACCAGCUGGCAGUAACCUGCUGGCAGUCACCUGCUGGCAGUCACCAGCUGGCAGUAACCUGCUGGCAGUCACCUGCUGGCAGUCACCAGCUGGCAGUCACCAGCUGGCAGUCACCAGCUGGCAGUCACCUGCUGGCAGUCACCUGCUGGCAGUCACCUGCUGGCAGUCACCUGCUGGCAGUCACCUGCUGGCAGUCACCUGCUGGCAGUCACCUGCUGGCAGUCACCUGCUGGCAGUCACCAACCCAGGCAGUGAUUUUGCUCCACCCUAACGACUACAUGGAUGGGGAGAUUCUCAAAGCUUUAGAUGCCGCCAUGAGCCCUCUUUCCCUCCCUGCUAGCCCUCUUUCCCUCCCUGCUCGCCCUCUUGCCCUCCCUGCUAGCCCUCUUUCCCUCCCUGCUAGCCCUCCUUCCCUCCCUGCUAGCCCUCUUUCCCUCCCUGCUAGCCCUCUUUCCCUCCCUGCUAGCCCUCUUUUCCUCCCUGCUAGCCCUCCUUCCCUCCCUGCUAGCCCUCUUUCCCUCCCUGCUCGCCCUCUUGCCCUCCCUGCUCGCCCUCUUUCCCUCCCUGCUAGCCCUCUUUCCCUCCCUGCUAGCCCUCCUUCCCUCCCUGCUAGCCCUCUUUCCCUCCCUGCAAGCCCUCUUUCCCUCGCUGCUAGCCCUCUUUCCCUCCCUGCUAGCCCUCCUUCCCUCGCUGCUAGCCCUCUUUCCCUCGCUGCUAGCCCUCUUUCCCUCCCUGCUAGCCCUCUUUCCCUCCCUGCUAGCCCUCUUUCCCUCCCUGCUAGCCCUCUUUCCCUCCCUGCUCGCCCUCUUUCCCUCGCUGCUAGCCCUCUUUCCCUCCCUGCUAGCCCUCUUGCCCUCCCUGCUAGCCCUCCUUCCCUCCCUGCUAGCCCUCUUUCCCUCCCUGCUAGCCCCCCCUGCUUGCCUUCCCUGCUUGCCCUCCUUGCUUGCCCUCCCUAA